AUGUUGUCGGCGGCACGGGAAGCUCUGUUAGAGUCGUUAGCCAGCAUAAUACUACUACCUUCGGAUAUGGAUGCAGACGUUCUACGCGUGUUUCAAAAUUUGUUGAUAUAUCCCGAUGGGAAUGAUGUUUUCGGUCAGGUAACGCAUUCCUUAUGCGGGUCUCGUGGUAAAACCUACUUAUGGCUAAGCUAUUGCUUGUUUUGCCUUAUCUGCUCCACACAGCUUACAGAGGUGUUGAAUCAGCUUGUCCAUUACUGUAAGCAGUUGCUGAAAUCCCCCAAUUGGACUAUUAGCGGAGUUCCAUUUUAUCGGCUUUUGCUUUACAUGGCUAUCGUUCUCAUCAACAAAGUUCACGCCACCAACGGACCGCUCUAUUACGAAUCGAUGACCGCUGUUCUCUGUGAUCCGAUGCUCCCGCUCGAUCGAGUUUUGUUGCCUGCUUGGUUCACGGAGAUUAUACAACGUGUUCAACUUGCCUCGCUGCCAUCCCCUGGAGAAAGACACGAUCUUUGCGUGGCGCUGGUGGAGAAUUAUGGCCCGUUGCUGAUUCCAUCUUUUUGUCGCAGUUUAUUUGCACUCGGCGAUCGUUUCUUGGCUCGUAGCUUGUGUUCCAUUGGACGGUUAGAUAAACCAGAUAGCGAGGCCUUUUGGUUAUUGUUUGGUUCACUUAUGGUCAAUGAACCGGCGAAUUCGAGUUUCUCAGAGCGAUUCAAUCCCUGCCAGUCUUUGAUUGAAGUGUUUUCCGAAGCAGUUACGGCCGUUUCUUCGAGUACAGGCUUGUGGCGUCAAUACAUACAAGCUGUUAUUUCCAGCGGUUUAGACGCAGGUCCUUUGCACAAACGCGCCAAAGAAUUAGGAAUAGGUGUUGUCCUUGAGCAUGCAGAUUCUGCUAAACAAAAAACGAACACUGUGAAUCAGAAAUCAGCUAAAAGCAAAGCAAGAUUCAUAUUGGGUCUAAAGUCUGACAGAAGAAAAAGAGGUUCAUCGGUCGCGUUGCCUUCCGGAAAGCAGAUAGCUUCUAAAAGUGAGUGUUCCAACUUUGUCCGUUCCAUUCAUUUUACAGCCUAUGGUAAUUUCGUGAAAUGUAGAUGGGUUAUUCAUUUACGAAAAUCGCAGAAGGAGAAUACAUCGCCAUGUAAUCGACUUCAUUAG